AUGAGCGGUCUCGAAGUCAUUGGCUUUCUCUUUGGUGCGUGUGGCUUUAUUGGGCAGGUAAUACAUUAUUCGAAAAAGUAUCGCCAGAAGAAACGGGAAAGAGUCACUACGGGAUCGACACAGAUCGUCACGACACAGACCAGCGGUUCUAAUGGCCAGCUCACAAGAGUGCGGCGCUCGUCGCAAUCUCAAGUCGCCGUGCAGCUCGACCACGGACGAACGAUUCGAGGGCAGUGGCAGCACUUCUCCGAGAUCCAGCGCGACAACAACGAGGUCGUACGCGCCGAUAUCCGUGCCAUCGAGCGCUCUUACGACAGUCGGGAUCGUGCGAACGAAGUGGCUUGGGAGACGGUUCGGGCUAUGAAUGCUGUCUAUGUCGAGGAGAACGUGCGCUUUACUGUCGUGACUCUAGUAAGGGCGAGUUUCAUAACCUUCCUGGCUUUCUUCCUAGGAGUUUAUACCGGCGAGAACAGCAUCUUGAAGCAAUUUCACUAUCCAUCCCCAUGGAACUUUGCUGCUUUCGAAUCAGAAGAUGACGGAGACUUGUUGCAGCACUCGGCUGUGACUGUUGCGAAAGGUGCGAUUUCUGGGUUCACGUUCAUACCUAUACAGCUCCCGUGGUUUACCUUCAAGGCGCUAUUGGACGGCCUCGCAGCGUUCCUGGGAGCUGACGGUGCCGGCGUCGCUGGCAGAUACUCCACUGUUGGCGAGAGAGCGGUGUCCACGCACGUGGGAGCUGCGCAGACAGCUGCCGAACAUAAUGCAGCUGUCUUCGACAUCAUCAAGACAUUAUCGGUCUCCGGCGUGACCACAAAUACUGCAGCCACGACAGUCAAUUCAGUUUACUCGGCCCUCAGCAGUGUGACAUGGCUCUGGUGUCUUCCUUCGAACUUUAUUCUCAACCUCAUUGUCACCGCUCUACAAUUCUACUUCGUACCGAGAAGCAUCACGAUCCCAGGUCUCGGCAUUAUCGCUACCAUCGUCAUCAUGCUCUUCUGCUUCGCAUGUCUGCAGAGCGUGCAGACCUGCAAAGGCAAAGGUGACCUAGGGAUAGAGUUGGUCAUGUUAUCGUUCAGCACUCCGUUCUGCGUGAUGAGCUUGUGCUGGCUCUCAGACGUGCUGGGGAUAUCGGAGAUGACGGCGAGCGCACUUGUUGCUCUUCCGUACGCCAUGAUGCUCUUCGGUGGACGGUGGUGUGACUCUUGCUAUCUCAGUUGCGCGCAUCAGACGGAAGGAUGA